AUGGGCAACAAUACCGAGAUGGAUCUCGAAAAGGCCGAGGUCCAGGUUGACUCGAGACAACAAGAUGAGUUGAACAUCAAUCAGCAUGACAAUUAUGAAAAGGAUAAGCAGAGAUCACCCUCUCCGACUCCAUCGGCAUACACAACAUCCGACAACGACAAUGAACUUCAGCCUACGAUAUCAAGAUCAACAGGCCGUGCACAGGACAACCCUGCCCCCUCAAUCAUAGCCAGAACCCUCACACUGGUCCGCACCCGAGAAUCAAGCCAAUAUAUGAGCCCGCCUCCCGACGGCGGAAUCCUGGCCUGGUCGCAAAUCAUCCUCGCUCAUUUCGUCAUCGUCAACACAUGGGGCUACGUAAACGCGUUUGGCGUAUUCCAGAGUUACUACACAACCCAACUCCAAGAACUACCCUCAACAAUCUCCUGGAUUGGUAGCGUGCAGACCUUUCUGGUGUUUUUUAUCGGUACAUUCUCCGGCCGCGCGACGGAUGCUGGAUACUUCAAGUUCACCUGGAGCUGCGGCAUGGUCAUCGCCGUCUUGAGUCUGUUUCUGACGUCCUUGUGUCAUGAGUACUGGCAAAUCUUCCUGUCGCAGGGACUCAUGUCCGGUAUUGGAUGUGGGUUAAUGUUCUGCCCUACCAUCGCCUUGCUGCCGACGUAUUUUGAGAAACAUCGUGCAUUGGCCUUGGCUGGUGCGGCAGCUGGUUCGGCGACGGGCGGCCUUAUCAUCCCUAUAAUGGUGAAAUCGUUACUCCCCAAGAUCGGAUUUGCAUGGACGUUGCGUUGCCUGGGCUUCUUCUCAUUGGCGACGCUGUUGCCGGGGCUAUUCUUUUUGAGACAGAGACUGCCGCCACGAGCUACGGGACCCAUUGUGGAAUGGGAGGCAUUUCGGGAAGUUCCAUAUCUAUGUUUCGCGUUUGGCAUGUUUUUUGUGAUUUUGGGACUGUACGUUGGGUUUUUCUACGUUAGCAGUUUUGCGCGUGAUGCUCUGGGUGCGUCGGUGUCGGCGUCCACUGAUCUGCUAAUUGUCAUGAGUGCGGUGGGAUUACCAUCUCGAAUCAUCCCUGGUAUAUUGUCGGAUGCUUUCACGGGACCACUCAACCUCCUGAUCCCCCUUGCCUUCUGUACCGCCAUUACUGCCUACGGCUGGGCCGGCGUAUCCAGUAUCCCCGGCCUCUACGUCUGGGCCGUGAUUUACGGAAUCACGACUGCUGGCGUACAGGGCCUAUUCCCCGUUGCCUUGAGCUCGUUGACCGACGAUCUCAAAAAGACCGGUGUAAGGAUGGGUAUGGUCUUGACAAUCGUCAGUUUUGGCGCGUUGACGGGAAGUCCGAUUGCAGGUGCUUUGGUGCAGGCCGAUCAAAACAGGGGGCCGGGAGAGUAUCUGUAUAUGCAGGUGUUUAUGGGGAGUGUGAUUUUGUUUGGGUGUGGGUUGGUGACUGUUGCGAGGAUUACUCGGUUUGGGUUUAAGGCUGUGAAGGGAUAA